GUGAUUGACGCCGCAGUGGAGUGCAACGUUCCCUACCUCGUCUACAUCAGCGGCGCCGAUGUCAACGUCGGCUACGAUCCAAUCUACUACGGCUCAGAGAACACGACCUUUAUUCCGAAGAAGCACCUGCUCGGUGACUAUUCCAAGACUAAGUACGAGGCAGAGCAGGCGGUCACUGAAGCCAGUGGACGUCAACUGCGAAAUGGCAACCAAAAGCUGAGCACUGUCGUCCUCCGACCGAGCAUGAUCUACGGCGAAGAGGACACACACUUUGUAACGACCAUUCUGAGCAUUGCCAAGCAGACCUCCGGCAACCAAAAGCUGAGCACUGUCGUCCUCCGACCGAGCAUGAUCUACGGCGAAGAGGACACACACUUUGUGACGACCAUUCUGAGCAUUGCCAAGCAGACCUCCGGUGUUCUGCGCAAAAUUGACAACGUCUUCAUUCGAAUUCAGCCAGUUUACGCCGGCAAUGUUGCCUCCGCCUGCCUACAGGCCAAGGACAAGCUGCAGUCUGACUCUAGUGUCACUGGAGAGCACUUUUUCAUCACCGAUGACACCAAGAUUCUCGACCCGUAUGAGUUCAUUGAGCCGUACAUCAAGGCGAGGGGCUUCAAGCUGAGCACUCGUGCCUAUCCAUUCUGGUUGUUUAUCCUCUUCCUCAGUCUCUACACCUGGCUUCUCGGUCUUUUCGGCUCUGUACUGCCCAAACUGCCCACCGGUCUGACCACCACCAAUGUUCGCCUCUUCUGCACCACGUACUUCUUCAAUCGAACCAAAGCGACGCUCCGACUGGACUACGAACCACUGUACCAACACGAUGAAUCAGAAGAGAGGUCUUUAGCGUACUACAAAAAAGUGGCCAUUUAA